ACCAGGAUGAGAGAGCAGCGGAGCUCAGCAGGGAGCAGAACGAGAAGACCAUUCGCAGCACGCAGACAGCCCUCCGCAAUUUCCGCGAGUUCCUCAUCUCCAAGUACCCCUCUGAGACUCGGGAGAUCUACGUCAUCCCGUGCAAAGAGCUUGAUGCCUACCUUGCUUCCUUCUUUGUGGAUGCCAGACAAAAGGAUGGGUCGGAAUAUGAGCCAAACAGCCUGGCCAACUAUCAGUGCGGGCUGGAGCGGUAUCUCAAAGAGCACAGGUAUGGAUACAGUAUCACAAGGGAUAAGGAGUUCAAGAGGUCCCAGGAAGCUCUAAAGCAAAAGCAGAUAGAGCUGAGGUGUAAAGGAAAAGGGAACAAGCCGCACAAAUCCAUGAAGCUCACCUUUGCUGAUGAGCUUAUGAGCCAAACAGCCUGGCCAACUAUCAGUGCGGGCUGGAGCGGUAUCUCAAAGAGCACAG